GGGUGAGGAGUCUGGUAGCGGUCUGCUCGGUGUAGUGAGGGCUGGGAUCGGGGUCGGGGGAAGGGGGAGUGAGCUGAGAUCAAGGCAUGGUCAGAGGGACGUAACGGCUUCAUGAAUUUAAAGGCAAGGACAAAUUUAAAGCCUAAGAGCACGAACUCUGAUUGUGCACCAUUUUCGGAAUCCGAAAGACUGGCUCGGCACAAAGCGGAGAUGAACGCCAAAAUGGGAAUGGUCCACAAUUGUAUUCAGCUGAUUGUAUUUAUGGUUUAGUGAGUGCAAGGGGAUGUGAAGGCGAUGUGGAACCGACUCUUCUCGUAAGAUUUGUAGCUGUAGACCGUAGGGCUGUGGGUGUAUAAGAACGUUGCACGUCUAUGGGUAUAGAACAUGGACCUGCAUUGUCUGGGUACAAGGCAUUGAAUUGUUUUCUCACGUCUGUGUGAUAUUUAUUAGCAGGCUCGAAGAGUUCAUGCUAUGAGUAACAUGCCCAUGGCCUUCUUUUGAAAAGGAGGUCCUUGGCAGUAGAGCUUCUGGUGUCACAUCGAGAUUCAUGACCUCGAGUGGGUCCUCGGCCUUCGUUUUUCCUCCCCACUUGUUCUUGGAGGGUGGGUGUGAAGUGCAUGUCAAGCGGAUGGCCGUGUGGGAACUUCCUGCUCAAGUGCACAGGUGUGGGCAGUUUGCGGGUUUCUUUUUGUGAUUCUAUGCUUGGGAGACGGGAGUGGGUCUUUGGAAUUUAUGUUUAGCGAUAGCAUAACAGAAACACACAUGCAUGUAUGCAUCACCACACACACACAUACACAGGCAAAACCAUACGAAUGUGUCCCGCCUUGCACUCAUUCUAUACCUGAAAUGGAUAUGGAUGGGUCUGGGGAUGAUGUGUGGUGAUUGGUUAGGCAACACACACUCAUACACACACGCACACACAAACACACACACACAUAACACACAUAACACACACACACACACACACACACACACACACACACACACACACACACACACACACUCUGUACUUUUUCGUUAUGGACGGGUUGUUAUGAUUUGUGGAGGGAAUGAGAGAGAGAAUUUGGGGUGUUUUUUUUAACCACCAGUACUUCCUAAAGUUGUGCCCAUUAACAAGCCACGGUUUUAGGUAAUGUACGGGCCACUACAGGAGCGCCCAAAUUUAUCCGACUAGAAACGUUUCUACUGUUUUUUUUUCCGCUGCCAACAGCUGGGCUAAGUACUGGUGGUUUAACAACACACACAUAUAACACACAUGCUGAAUCUACUCAUCUGUGUGAAAUUGGGACUGUUGUGUUGAAAAUUUAAAACACACACACACACACACACACACACACACACACACACACACACACACACACACACAGAGCUGCUUCAAUUUGGAUCUACUCAUCUGGGGGGUGGAAGAGGGGCUGUUGCGGUGACAGUUUACAAUACACACACGCGCUCACACACACGCGCACACACACACACACACACACACACACACACACACACACACACACACAUCUGGGGUCUUUUAAAACAACACACACACGUGUACACAGUAGUAUACACACGCACAUGCAGACAUGCAGCACAUGUGAAAGAGAGAGCCGGAUACAGGAAGAUAGACACAUAGGCGAGCAAGUAAACAGUAAGUGAGGCUGAUAAACAAUACAGACCACCAGACCGACAUUCAGUCACAUAGAUAUAGAGACAGAAAGGCCGACAGACAAUUAGACAGAUAGACAGAUGGAUGACAAACAGGCAGACAGGAAGGGUGACGGACAGACAGAUGAUGAGAUUGACAGAUGGAAGGACAGGCAGACAGACAGACAGGCAUACGACGAGACUGAGGGGGAUGUAGGAAUCCGAAAGGGAGUCAAAAUGGCCAUGGUACGAGAGGGCAUUGCUACUCGAGGGAAGAGUCUUGAGAGAGUAAUAACAGCUUGCAGGAUGCCUCUUUUGGUGGUGUCUUUCAUGACUAUUGUCAUGCUCUCGUUAGCAGUUGGUGACAUACGGGCGGACUCACCAUUCAUCAACUGGAAAAAUUUAUUUGCGAACACUAGGUUUCAAAUAACAUCCAAUACAAACGAAAGCUAUGUGGUUCGGGGAAUCGCUGCUGGUGCUGAUCGAUAUUUUCUGUCAAUGUGCAAGUAUAAUCUUUCCCGCAGCGAUGGUACGUUUCGAAAGGUCAACUUUCAACCAGAUCCACAGUCGCCAGCGUCGUGGUGCAAAGUUAUCAUUUACAGCCGCAGCCGCAGUGAUUUUACUUCUGAUGAGAUCGGCAAUGUCAGCCAAACAGGAUCAUCCGCAUCUAACACGUUGAAGAACCCAACGUCACUUGCCUUGUCUAGUGACGAGUCGACGCUUUUUGUGCUGGAUAAUGCCGCCGAUACACUUUAUGUUGCUGAUUUGGCACCUUCAGCGAUCGCUGUCAAGCCGCUGCUCUGGUUCAGAGGACUGGCAAGUCAGGUAUCUGUCGUCUACAAUGUGGGGACCACACCCCCUGGAACAUCGGCGCCGCCUCAACAGCAGCAGAUCUUGUCAAAGUUCUCCCAGAUGGCAUACGACCGCAUCGGCAAAAUAUUCUACAUAAAGGUAAAUGACUACAUCCUUAUAUUUCCUGAACGUGGUGCUGACGGUAUGCCGCCUGCGAACGAUUCCGUAACCCCAAACAAAUGGGCGUUGCAGACUUCAGACAUGGUGGGCCUGGCCUUGACGCCAGAUGGUCAGUAUCUGUUUGUUUCUGACGUCAUGUCGCAAAAACUGUUCCGCUGUGAUACCAGUAGGAGCACAGACCCAAACUAUAUGUGUGUAGACAGCCUGCCCGACAUGAGUAUGCCUUUCCUGGGCCGCUAUAUGUCUUUAGCAGUUACUUCGCAAGGGGGCUGCGACCUCUUUGCAAGCGCUACUGGCGAUGGACCGGACGUUUGGGUCUAUCAUCUCAAAUUCGCCAAGGGUCCAGGUAUUGCCCCCUCUGAUCAGCCCAAGCCCACGGCCAAAAGUUUUGGCUUUCCUGCUAUCUUGGCACUGGCACCCAAUGACACAGAGUUGCUCGUGGCAGACUUCAGUCAAGAGGGUUUUUCGACCGUGUACUCAUUGGUUAUUAACCAGUCCGAUGUCAAUUGUGCCCCAGCAGGAACGAUAGCACCUCCUCCACCUGAGCAAGACAAGAAUACGAAAAACGCUGAGCCCGGCAUUACGCCAGGAGGCGGGGUCUCAACAAUGGGAGAAGAUAGAAAGCGUGAGGGAACAAAUGUGGGAUUGAUUGUUGGCCUUGUCGUUGGUGGCAUUUCAGUUGGGUUACUGGUAAUUGCAGUAUGGCACCGCACAUGCGGAGUUGGCCGCCCGAAUCGCAAGCAUCGCGCGUUGGUUGCCACUGGAGACUCUGAAGGCUUUACCAGCAGUGCCUUUGGUGGGCAGACUGCCUCAGAGUAUGGCUGGACAGCGCAUACGACUAUGGAUUCCGUGAGUGUUGAUUCCAAGAAAGCUAAGGGAGCUGCGUCGUCUGGAUCUGAGAGGCGGUCUAUCCCUGGUCUAACCCACUACGCUUAUGAAACACUGAGGGAUGCCACAGGUGACUUUACCCCCGACAAUAAGAUUGGUACGCCAGGCGCAUUUGGGCAGGUUUAUAAAGGGGUGCUGGAUGGGGGAAAGGAGGUGGCCAUCAAGGUCAUGAAAGGCCAUUUAACGGCUGGCAAGUAUCAGCAAUUUCAAGCGGAGGUGGCCCUUCAGGGGGAUCUAAAUCAUGUGCAUGUAUGCAAGUUGUUGGGGUUCUGUGAGGCCCCCAAAGGAGCGGGACAGGAGCUGCUGUUAGUUUAUCCAUACAUUAAAUCAGGAAGCCUGUACGACAAUCUGCAUGCCAAAGAAGAUGUGAAAGCGGCUGUGUCGUUGGAUGUGCAAGCGCGAAUCACAAUUGCACUCCAUGUGGCUAAAGGGCUCCGCUACUUGCACGAGGAAGCAGAUCGGCCCGUGUAUCACAGGGAUGUCAAGUCACAUAACAUCUUACUUGACAUGCCAGCUGGGCCACAGUCGCUAUGCGCAAAACUUGCGGACUUUGGUAUUGCCAAGAUGGGUGAAACCCUGUUCCAACCAGACAGGAAAGGGGAAGUGGAGACCACCCACCUGUGUGGAACACAAGGUUACAUGGCCCCAGAGUACGUGAAUGCAGGGAUUGUGGGGCCAAAGAAUGAUGUUCAUGCCUUUGGAGUUGUGUUGCUGGAACUUAUAACGGGGAAGAAGGCUGUAAUUGAGCAACCGGAGCGUCAAAGCCUUGUUUCUUUUGUGAAGCCUCUACUGAAUCAGCCUUCAGUGCUGCUGCGCGUCAUUGAUUCACGGCUGCAUAUUGCAUCCACGGAGGGGGUCAAAUUUCAAGCCCUGCAUCGCGUGGCACUUAUUGCAGCCAACUGUACCAAUCCCUCUCCUGACGAAAGGCCAUCAAUGGGUAACAUUGUCAAUGAACUUGAGGUCAUCAGUGCCUCACUCUCUUCUUCCUGAGAAGAAAAAAGAAAGGACACGGGAAAAAAUGGGCGACUCUGAUGCGGCACAGUGGUUCGAGCUGGGAAAAAAUUAGACGGGACAAUUCUUCAGUGGUCUUCGCCAAAUUCUGUCAUUUCUGACUUCUGAGGCUGGGCCAUCAGGGCCCAUCACACAAGAUCACUGAAGGCAAUCGCUCAUUGCGCCGAGAACCUCCUGGAAGGAGGACUCCGCGCGGAGGUGAGGUGGGAGGGCGACAGGUAUGAUGAUUCACAGAAACGUGUAAUUACUGAGCCGAUUGAAAUGACUCGAGAAUUUCGUUAUUUUGAAUUUUUUGAGUCCUUGGGUCCUUACCUCUCUUGUCCUCCGUCACGUCGUCUCACUCUCACUCUUACUCUCUUUCAGUCUUCUUAUUAGGUGUUGCUCUAGCCCAGACAUUGGGAAAAGGCCAUGAUCGAGUGCGCCAGAAGAACGUUUCACUUGAUUCCAUCCAUGAUUUACUCUCUCCGUCUGGCAUGUUUGUAAGUGACGUGAUGUGUUUUUCACUUCCGAAUUUCCGAAAGCUAUAUUUGAUGAUGCAUAGUCAUUUAACUUAAGUAUUCUUAAUUUAUUUUAUCGCCAUCUCUCUUUUGAUAUCAUAUUCUGGGGGAAUUUCUGGGUGCUCUAGUGCUAGCUGGGUUUGAAUUUGUUGUUACCUCAUGAGGGCACCAGAGACGCUGGACGAAUCUCUGUCGCAAUUAUUGCUGGUAGCAUGAGAUCAUCAUCAUUGUCACACUGGCAUCAAUCUGAAAGAAGAAGAUUGAGGACGGUGAAAUGCGCAGCCUAUCUUCUGGCUUCUGGCGCUUGGUGGGCCAGGAAGUUUAGACUGACAGGGGCCUGACUGGAACGAUUUAGCUGUGGGACUGGUGAAAGAAAGACCCCAUGGAUAAGGUAGUUGUUAUAUUGAUGGGCCUGAUCAUCAUCGCUUCCAGUGGCAUCAACGUGAGCAAAGCAGGUUGAGAUGGUGAAAUGCCCAACCUACCUGGCUUCUGGCGCUUCGUACGCCACAAAUUUUCCAGUGCCGUGGGCCUGAUUGGGACUAUUUAGCUGGGACUGGUGAAAGGAAGACCACUGAUAAGGUAGUCGUUAUAUUGAUGGGCCCGAAUUUGAACGAUUCAGCUACCGUGGGCCUGGUUUGCACGAUUCAGCUUCCUUCCGUGGGCCUGGUUUGGACGAUUCCGCUACCAUGGGCGCGGUUUGGACGAUUCAGCUACCGUGGACCUGGUUUGGAUGAUUCCGGUACGAGGGGCGCGGUUUGGACGAUUCAGCUACCGUGGACCUGGUUUGGACGAUUCGGCUUGGAUGGCAGACUCUGCUGGUAGACCUCUGAUGUUGAGUUUGGAAGAAGGUGAUACUGGGUGGGUCUGGUUUGGACGAUUCAGCGAGUUUGCAAGAAGGUGAUAUUGGGUGGGCGUUUGGACAAUUCUGCUACCGUGGGCCUGGUUUGGACUAUUCAGGUCCCUCGGACCUGGUUUGGGCGUUUUGGCUCGGAUGACAGACUGCCGGUAGACGUCUGAUGUCGAGUUUGGAAGGAAGUGAUAAUGGGGAUAUGGUGGUGGUAGUUACAGGGGUCGGACUAGGACGUUGUUAUGCCAUGAGAUAAGGGGGCACAUGGUUUGGCCAGGGGAUGAGCAGUGGCAAGACAAGGUCAGCGAAUAUUGGGUAUGCAAACGCAUCGGAGGUCUUUCAAGCGUGAGGACGUAUUCACACUAGCUCGAUCUUGAUUGUAUCUGACUACACUUACGGCCAGAACUGGAUGCAUUUGACCGCAAUUAGGUCCAUUAAUAAGUAAAAAAAAAGUCAUAAUGUGACUACUAUGCUCUGAUACUUGUUGCAAAAAAUAUCAGGCACGCGUCAUGCAUCGAAAGAUGACCCUUUGCACGAAAGCUCAGGGAGUAGCUUUCCUAACAUUGCAGCUUUGGACAAGUGGAUGAGAGGGCUCACUAUUCAGUCUUUUGAGGUAGGGACUAAGCGGUACCGUUGGAACCUUUUGAGGCAGGGACUACGCGGUACCCUUGAAGCUUUUGAGGUAGGGACUAAGUGGUACUGUUGAACCUUUUGAGGCAGGGACCAAGGGGUAUUCUUGAAGCUUUUGAGGUAGGGACUAAGCGGCAGUCAAAACGUUAGCCCUUAAUGUGGACAAUGAGUGGAACCUGCUAGAGAUUUCCUAAUGUGGAAUGUCAUCCUUCGCUAGUCUACCGGAUCCUUCUGGGGGACAUAUCCAAAACCCGAUUGUCCUGUGGGGGGUGCAACUUGGCAAACCGGCGAGUUAAAAAAAAAAAAAAAAAAAAAAAAAGAAAGAAAGAAAGAAAGAAAGAAAGAAAGAAAGAAAAGAAAAGAAAAGAAAUGGGGCGAGAAUUUAGGGGGCGGGAAGAGGGGUCAGACCAGGUCUUUAUCUGGUCUGAGCAGUCAGCAUCCACCCUUGUCUCCCAGUUUGGCGACUAGCCACUCAAGGCUGUGUUGGAGGUGUUAACAGGGUUCAAAAGGAGUUUAAACCACCAGUACUUGGCCCAGCUAUCAGCCGCGGAAAAAAAUAGAGUACAAAUGUUUCUAGUUGGGUGAAUUUGGGCGCUCCUGUAGUAGCCCGUACGUUUCCUAAAAUUGUGUAGCGUUAACGGGCACGACUUUACGAAGUACUGGUGGUUUGAAGGGGUGUUUUCGAUGUCUUGAGCUUGCUAAGGGCACAUUGAAGUGACCCUCGGGCUCAUUCCACAGAAUCC